AUGGCGUCGUCGAAGAACGGGGUCGAGGCUCCCAAGUAUGGCGGCUGCGUCGGCCCGGAGGCAAUGUACGUCAAGCUGAUCAGCUCUGACAAUCACGAGUUCAUCAUCAAGCGCGAACAUGCGCUCACUUCGGGCACCAUCAAGGCUAUGCUCAGCGGUCCGGGACAAUUUGCGGAGAAUGAGACGAACGAGGUGAACUUUCGCGAAAUUCCCUCGCACAUUCUGAUGAAGGUCUGCCAGUACUUUACCUACAAAGUAAAGUACACCAACAGCACCACCGAGAUUCCCGAGUUUCCUAUUGACCCUGAAGUGGCACUUGAACUUUUAAUGGCGGCUAACUUUCUCGACUGCUAA